AUGAAUGCCUACGGUGUCGGACCACGGCCGAAAAUUGCCAAGGAGCUUGUUCGCAAGGGAGAUGUGCCACCGAAACACAGUCUCAUUCUCAUGGAUACACCAGGCUAUGGCUUCAGGAGUCAAGAAGAUUGGGGGAAGACCAUUCUCAAGUAUCUGAAUGUCAGAAAGAUGCUUCGCGGUGCAGUACUCUUAAUGCCAGCCGACAAAAAACUCCAAGAAACAGACAGAUGGAUGUUAAGAACACUGGCUCGAUCAAACACUCGAACUUUGGUUAUCAUCACCAAAGCCGACAAGCCUGGAGAGAGGUGGCAAGAAGCAUGUCGCAACCUCCAUGGCCAGAUUCAAGACAUCAUAGACGGACUUUCAGCUCAUUCAGCUCCAAGCUGGAGGGAAGGGUCUAGCCGUAUACUCGAUGUCUAUGCUACAGCUUCUAAGAUAGCCUUUGUAUCUCGUCGUCUGGGCAAUGGUGGAGGCAUCGGGGGUGUAAGACUGGCAAUUUUGGAAAUGGCUGGCUUCUCUCUGGGGGAGAAGAUCGAGAAGCAAGCCGAGACGAAGGCUUAUUCUGGGAAGGUUGUGUCUUUUGACGAUAUUGUUUGGAAAUCCUGA